AUGUCUAUCUCCCUCGAACUAGCCGACAUGGUUGCUAUUCUCAAGGACACUUGGCCAUCGAGAUCACGUACUACACGACCGUAUUCAUCGUCAAACUCUCGAUUCUCUUCCUCUAUCUACGAUUUGAAACUCCUUUGCAGAGUCUGUCAAUGGACAAUCUACUUUUUGACGGUCUACACCGUCACGUGCAUCAUUGUCCUCGCCCAAUGCCGGCCAAUCCGUAAGUCCUGGGACAUCACCGGCCAAGUAAAAGGAACGUGCAUAAACCGCACAAUCUUCUUCUACAUAACCGCCGGCCUCAACGUAGCCACCGACAUCUGGGUCACCAUCCUCCCCAUCCGCAGCCUCCUCCACAUCCAGCGCCCGAAGCGCGAAAAAGCCGGCCUCGUCCUCAUCUUCAGUAUGGGCGCCUUCAGCUGCGUCGCCGCCACGAUCCGCCUGCGAUCCAUCGGCCUCUUCAUACCAAGGACCCUUUCUUCGACGCCGUCCCCGGGGACAUCUGCCGCUGCUGUGUUAUGGUUCACGGUCGGAGCGGACGCGGCGGAGUAA